AACGGGCCAAUACAGCUCUGGCAGUUUUUGUUAGAUCUAUUGAUGAACCCAAAUUAUUGCCACGUGAUAGCCUGGACAGGUGACGGAUGGGAAUUCAAACUGAUAAAUCCGGACAAAGUGGCGGAGUUGUGGGGAAGACAGAAAUGCAAACCAAAAAUGAAUUAUGAAAAAUUAAGUCGUGGUCUUCGAUAUUAUUACGACAAAAAGAUAAUCAUAAAAACAGCCGGAAAACGUUAUGUGUAUAGAUUCAUAUGUGAUAUGAAACAGCUGGUGAUGUCCGACUCGCCUUCCGAAUUA